AUGUCCAUUCCCGGCCUUGGGCAAAUCCCGGUACAAGCGGCCGUUUCCUCGACACGAACCAUUUCCCUUCGCCCGGCUUGGGAAUGGCGAUUCCAAGUGCCCCCGGGCAGCUCCCUUACUCUUAAGAUCCUCUCGGGGACAGCCGAAAAGGACGGCGUCGAAUUGCCGCUGCGCAAUGCCUACACCUUCUCCGGCAUCAAGUCCAAGAUCCUGACAUGGCACGGCUGCGAGCUGGAGAUUGACGGGCGGUGCGACAAUGACUCUAUCGCCGAAUACUCGAAUCCGGCUGCGAACCCGGCGACUUCGCACGUAAACCUCCACGCGCGGCUCAACGACAUGCGCGUGGACGCCUCCAGACAGCGCCGCGAGGGGCCUAGGGUGCUGGUGGUUGGGCCGCCUAGCUCGGGCAAGACGACGCUGGCUAAGACGCUGACGAGCUAUGCGACGCGCCAGGGAUACCAGGUUAUUACGGUCAAUGCGAAUCCCAAGGAGGGCAUGCUGAGUCUGCCUGGGACGUUGAGCGCCAGCGUGUUUGCGACUGUCAUGGACCCUGAGGCUGUGGAUGGUUGGGGCUCGACGCCGACGAGCGGACCGAGCACGAUACCUGUCAAGUUGCCGAUGGUGUUUAACUAUGGAAGAGAAUCUGCGGAGGAUGAUGAGGAUCUUUAUCGUGAGCUUAUCGCGAGGCUGGCUGGAGCGGUUAGCAGCCGGUUGAGUGAGGACGACGAGGUCAAGGGGUCGGGAGUGAUUGUGGAUGGGAUCGGAAUUAGCGAAGACGGUCAGAUUGGGCUAGAGCUGGUGGCACAUAUUGUUGAUGAGUUUUCGGUCAACAUUGUGGUGGUGGUUGGGUCGCCCAAAAUCCACACUCAACUUUCGAGCCGGUUUGCAACGGAAAAGACAAGUCUUGGGGAGACGAUACAGGUGGUUUCCAUUGACAAAUCCGAUGGAGUAGUGGAGAGGGACGAAUCGUUUCUGGAACAGUCGCGCGAGGCUGUGAUUAAAGAAUACUUUUUUGGAGACGCAAAGAGGACGUUGAGCCCACAGAUUCAACAGGUCGACUUUGAUAGUCUGGUCAUUUACAAGCUGGCAGACUAUUCACCUGAUGAAAAGCACAGCUUGGUCACGGAAGAGCCCUCGUCUCUCAUGCAGCACUGGACCUUUGCAGUUAUGAACGCCUCUGUGCGUGAUAGCCCGGACGUGGUUCGCGCAGCCAACGUGAUGGGCUUUGUGUAUGUGGCGGACGUAGACGAGGAUAGGCGGAAGAUUAAGAUUUUGGCACCGGUGAGCGGGAGACUGGGAGAUAGACCGCUAGUAUGGGGCAAGUGGCCAGAGCCGUACAUCAACUUGUUGGGAUAG